UCCAUGGCCGUGUCUCGGAUCGAGGAGAAAAUCCUGGGUCGCCUUGCGCGGGAGCUACCUUCGACGACAGCAAAUGCCCUGCUCUCAUCUUCGUUGUAUCAGCUACUAGGCUUAUCCGUACAGCUAUCGAAGCGGCUUUACCGAGCGCGCAAACUUCGAAAACUCGACCCGACGCGAGACACAAAAUCGUUGCAGCUCUACCAUCACAUCAUAUGGCUCGCACGAGAGGGCUUGGCGAUCACGGAACACAAUGUAGUCACGCGACUUCGACUCGAUGACUAUGCUCCAGAGUACCGCGUCAUGGCAGCCAAGAUGCAGGCCUCUCUGCUGCAUGUCUUAUGCCUCUUCGACAGUACUCCUCAACAGGCGGCACAACAGGACAUUAACGAUGACGCGCGGCAACAUUCGGAUGGAGGCGCUCCGUUUCGUGAUACUAUACCAUCCAUGGUCUCCGAGGCCUCGUACGUGACAAAUCCAUAUGCGGGACCCUCGCGGAGUUCGCCACCUGCUGGCUUCGUGCCACUGAACGACGAGCCCAGAAGGACGACACCAUCGCGGCCACCCGGGUUAGCAGCAGCCGGGAGUAUGUCGAACCUUAUCGCCAAUUCUUCAAUCUUCAACGCUCAGAAUAAAGUUCCUGCAACCCAGAGCUAUUUCAAACACGUGCAGCAUCUUGCUGAUACCCUGCUCGCUCCAACACAUGCGCUCCGACUAUCCGUGGCACUUGAACACUCAGCAUUUGUCUGGGAAUGCGCAAAGGACCAGGAGCGAGCACGCAGGAUAGCUAAGAGUGCUAUCAAGGAAGUCUAUGCCUCGCCCGAGGGCCUUGACGAUGAGGAGUUCAACGAUGCUGCCGCUCUGGUACAGGCACUGGGCGGCCUUGUCAAACGCGGUUCUUCAUCAGCA